UUUAUCUAUGCUAGACAUCAUCUCCACCCGAUUAUUUAUGUAUGCUAGACAUCAUCUCCACCCGUAUAUUUUUGUAUGCUAGACAUCAUCUCCACCCGUAUAUUUAUGUAUGCUAGACAUCAUCUUCACCUGUAUAUUUAUGUAUACUAGACAUCAUCUUUACCCAUAUAUUUAUGCCUGCUAAACAUAAUGUUUACCUAUAUAUGCCAUUUAAAUAUUCUCUCUACUUAGUUGUACAUACCGUACUGUUCUGUGAACAAAAUGUUUCAGAUUGAUAAGAUAUUUCAUCAAAUUUUUGGAACAUCUCUGUACUUAGUUGUACGUACCGUACUGUUCUGUGAACAGAAUGUUUCAGACUGAUAAGAUAUUUGUGCACGACAUUUCUGUAACUAAUUAUGUGAUGUUGAUUUUCUGAAGACAUGAAAAAUCAUGUAGUUUUUUUUUUUUCCCUACUGCAUUUCACACGAGGAUUGCUGACGGGGAAAAUCAUUUCAACAUGGAAGAAGUGGAAUAGGACGAAUCCAGGACCUCCUACUCAUAUGCAACACCCAGAACGAGCAUUAUCUACAUUCAGGAGACUCUCGGGCUCUGUCUGUGGCCAGGACCCUCGAUACUGUGAAGAACCAGCUUCGGCUCAUCCUUUUGAAUGGCCUGAUGACAUCACAAAAUGGCCGAUAUGCAGACGACCAGUUCAUGGAGAAAAUGAAGCUGAUGCACAUAUGGCGUGUGAACUCAUUGGUCGUCCAUGCUGCGUUGGGAUCUACGGGGAGUGUCGUAUCACAACGAAAGAGUAUUGUGACUUUGUGAAAGGAUUCUUCCACGAAGAGGCAGCUUUAUGCUCUCAGGUUUCCUGUCUAGAUGAUGUCUGUGGAAUGAUACCAUUUUAUAACCCAGAAGUACCGGAUCAGUUUUAUCGCCUUUGGACGUCUCUCUUUCUUCAUGCGGGGAUAAUACAUCUUCUCGUUACGGUGAUCAUUCAGUACUAUUUCAUUUUCCAGGUUGGCCCAGCAGGAUCACAGUUUGGCUUACUAGCUUGCUUUAUUGUAGAGGUCAUUCAUUGCUGGCCAAUUAUGAAACAGCCAGGAAUGGCCUUGCUUCGUCUUCUAGGCGUGGCUCUCAUCUUGUUCAUCUUAGGCUUAUUACCGUGGGUUGACAACUACUCGCACCUAUUUGGUUUUAUAUUUGGCUUCCUCCUAUCCUAUGCACUUCUACCAUUUCUAUCUUUUGGCACAUACGAUCGUACGACUAAAAUUAUCAUCAUUGUACUCUGCCUUGUGGUGGUGACUGUCCUCUUCUUGGGACUGGUGGUCUUAUUUUACGUGCACCCGAUCCACGAGUGUUCAUUCUGCAAGUAUUUCAACUGCAUUCCCUUCACCCGCGAUUUUUGUGAAACUCAAGACAUCAGUGUUCUACGGAAGGACGAGUUCUGAUAAGACUGUAAAAUCCUUGAAGUGCCAACUUUGUGACUGGAAUUUUAGCAGCGUGCUAGAACUGUUUUUUAUAAAAGAGCUUUGAUUUGUAUAUUUUAAUAAAUUUCUUCCAUUUCGCAA